GAAGCUUAGUGUUCCCUCUCUGUCACGCACCUCCAAUCCUCUUCACUGCAAAACACAAUUUGGUCCUUCAGGCACAAAUAACUACUGUGCAGUGGGAAAUUUUCUUUUGUGAGGUGUGUAGUUGAUCAGCUGCAGCCAUGUGUGACCAGACGUUCAUGGCCAUUACUUUUGGCCCCUGCGACAACUGCAGCACCACCAGCCCUCUGAUGAACAUCUACAUCAAGAAUGAGCCCACCAACUACUGCUCCUUCUGUGUGGAGAUGAUGGCGUGUCAGGGGCUGCUGAAGGGAGAGACCCUGGCGUCGCUGAAGAACGAGAGCGAGAGUUUGAAGAAGAAGCUGGAGGAGGAGCGGGCCAAGCUGCACGACGUGGAGUUGCACCAGGUGGCUGAAAAGAUUGAGGUGGUGAGUGCUCUCUCCAUAAAGACCAGACGCGUCCUGAAGGGCCAUGGGAACAAGGUGCUGUGUAUGGACUGGUGCAAAGACAAACGCCGUCUUGUCAGCUCUUCACAGGACGGAAAAGUGAUCGUUUGGGAUGGUUUCACCCUUAACAAGGAGCAUGCUGUCCCCAUGCCAUGCACAUGGGUUAUGGCCUGUGCUUAUGCCCCCUCAGGCUGUGCUAUAGCGUGUGGUGGGUUGGAUAACAAGUGCUCGGUCUACCCGCUGUCACUGGACAAGAACGAGAACCUGGCUGCUAAGAAGAAGUCGGUUGCCAUGCACACCAACUACCUAUCAGGAUGCACCUUUACCAACUCUGACAUGCAGAUCUUGACAUCAAGUGGUGAUGGUACAUGUGCUUUGUGGGACGUGGAGAGCGGGCAGCUGCUGCAGAGUUUCCACGGUCACACCGCUGAUGUGCUGUCCCUGGACCUGGCCCCGUCUGAGACCGGAAACACCUUUGUCUCUGGGGGCUGUGACAAGAAGGCCAAUGUAUGGGACAUGCGCUCUGGGCAGAACGUUCAGUCCUUUGAGACCCACGAGUCUGACAUCAACUGUGUGAAGUACUACCCCAGUGGAGAUGCGUUUGCCUCUGCCUCUGAUGACGCCACAUGCCGUCUGUAUGAUCUCCGUGCUGACCGUGAGGUGGCGGUCUACCAGAAGGACAGUAUCAUCUUUGGUGUUUCCAGUUUGGACUUCUCUCUGAGUGGGCGCCUGCUCUUCGGCGGCUAUAAUGACUACACCAUUAACAUAUGGGACGUGUUGAAGGGGAAUCGCGUCUCCAUGCUGUUUGGCCAUGAGAACCGCGUCAGCACUGUCAAGGUGUCACCUGACGGCACCUCAGUCUGCUCGGCCUCAUGGGACAACACUCUACGGAUUUGGGCCUAAAGCUUACAUCACUGUUGUGAUCCGAUCCAGCAAUUGGAUUUUGGGCUACAUGAUGGCACCAGAAGACUGUGACCGCCAACACAGCAUGACUCUGUCUGAGAUCAGCAGCGCUGUCGGAGUGUGUUUACGCCACCCUUCAGUCUGACACACACACACACACACACACACACAGAAGCACAAAGCCUAGCUCAUCUAAGUCAUUAUAUCCUAAGAAUGUAGGUUUGACACCAGUAACACAGGGAAUGCAUCUAUUUGAACAGUCGCUUAUCAUGUUUGUAUUGUUAAACUUUGUUAUUUUUAGCUGGACAACUGAUAUCAUAUUAUUAUAUUAGAAUAAAUGUUAUUGAUGAUAUGGUAAUGUUAGCAGCUGCUCUGUAAUGUAGACCUGUGGACUAUUAUACCGACUGCCUUGCACAGUAUUUCACUGCCACUCUACUGCUUACUCUCCCCUGAAGACUGUUAUUAGAAGACAAAGUGUGUGACAGGUGCAUUUGUCCACAGGUGUACAUUUACACAGUGUUACUUCUGCUCUGGCACUCUGCCAUAGUCUACUUUAUGUCCUGAUCAUCCAAAGAAAGCAAGACAACAGUCAAUGUACCCACCUGUUUUUCUUUUGUCAGAUUAUUUUAACCUUGACAUCCCAAGUCACCUCCUGUAAAGAAAAAUAAAUAAGAUUUGAAGUAA